AGUGACGGAAGUAAAAAUCUGGCUGCAUGUGAAGAGGAACCUUUGGACCCCUACCAAGCUGGAGGAAUAAAGAGUCUAGAAGUGAAUUUCAGUCCUUCAUUGUUGCUGAAUAUUCCACUUGCGCUGCAAGUAAGUUUUAUACAAGUUUUAUAGUGAAUCUUUUUUAAGGUUAAAGGUGCAGUCAGGAAUGCUUUCACAGUUAAAAAGAUGUAAUCUUAAAAUUCAAAAUGAAAUCAUGUAUGAAUAUAAGAUUAAUUAUUCAGUCAUUCCAAUAGCGAAAUAAAAAUUGAUAAAAAAAAAAUUUUCUGGGAAUACUACUUCAUCUCAAAAUAGAACUGUUAAACUAUGCCUGAUUUUGCUCUUGCUACACCACCAAGUGUCUUUUAAUGCGGCCCUGCUUCGAUUUGUCAUGCAUUCUGACUUCUUUACAAUGUUAAACGUGCUUAACAUGGUCAACUUGUCAAAAAAACGAGUUGGGCGUAUUACGUAGUAUUUCUGAGCUCGAUACACUCAUUUCGGAAAGUUUUUUUCAAACAUAUAUAACUGUUUCGUAACAGUUUUUCUUAGUCCCUUAUUGGACAAUUCUUCUGGAAAAGCACGCGGCACGGCCACAGGAGAGCAGGAAAAGGAGCAUGCGCAGACAUCACUUUCACUUGUAAGCAGAAGAGAGAGCAUACGUCAGCGAAGUUCAGGUGUUGUUUAUUGCAUUUGGGUGAUGAAUGUUAUAUAAACUGUGGAUAUAACGCUGGAUUUGGAGAUCGUUUGAAACUUAUGUAUAUGGAGCCGUUCCAGCACUAAAAGAUGCCGGACAUGAACCCCAUGUGGUGAGUGAAACUAAUGUCUGCGCAAUGGGUGUGCACGUGCUUUGGUUCAGCCUACCCCUCCUCCUCGCACACGCCUUAUGUUUUCGGAAACAAUCGUAAAGCUGUAUCUGUCUUUUAUAAAUGUGAUCAUACUAAAUACUCUUCGAAGAUACGAAGUAUGCAAUACUACUCUAUAGGUACUCAAGAUUAAUAUGAGAUUGGCAGAAACCCUGUGUGUUACACCCGCUUUUAAAGAACCUUUUUUGUUCCCCAAAGGACCAUACCUUUUUAUAGUUAAAAUAACCUUUGUUUCUUUAAAUAAUGUUACUUCACUCAUUUUCAAAAACCUGGCAAAUUCACAUAAUGACAUUCUUUAAAAUAAUCUUGGACAGAAGGGUAAAAUAAAAUGAUCAAAUCAGAUCAAAUCUUGGAAGGUUCACUGCUUAAACUUAUGUUUUAAAAUAAGUUUAAAACAUGCUUAAAAAUGUUCAGAAAUGUAUGUAAGGUAUGUCAAAUAUAUAUUAUUCAUAUAGUUAAUAUAUUAUUAUUGUUUAUAUUUAUGUAUAUUAACUAUACUGGCAGGAAGUGUGAGUGUCUAGCAAGCGACAAAGUUGAGAUUUGCUCUACUUUAUGUAAAUGAUUAGCGACUUUCGGGAGCGACAACCAAUAGGAGUAAAGCAGCGGAGCUCACAUCAUCUGUCUCUUGUCUACUACAGAGUUUUUGACUAUAAAUGUUACUAGAGCAACCAAAACUAGGAACGCAUUCUAACGACCUCGAAACAGGCCAAAGAACAAUUGUUGUGGGAAUACAAAUAUUUAUAUUUUUUCUGUGUCUCUGUGCAGCAUGUGUUGGUGCAGUCCUCUCUCUGUGCAUUGGUUGUGGGUUUGCUCAUCCAUGAAGUAGACAAGGAAAGAGUAGUGGCCCAUGUGCUCUUUUAUUCAGGUAUAUCUACUCUACUGCAGAGCUGGGUUGGGUCACGGAUAAAACAACAUUAAUCCGGUCCACAGCUUGCCACUGAUCCAGGCUCCAUCUCUGGAUUUCCUGAUCCCUGCCAUGACCCUGAUUUCUGCUCAGGCCGAGAUUCCUGUAGCCUGCAGGGGGCAGUGUCUCAAACCCGAGGAGACUGUGGCCCCAGAACACCCAAUAAGAGAGUUGAGAGGGAUGACUGUUGUCACAGGUGUGGUGCAGUUGGCCCUGGGUUUGACUGGUGUGAGUGGGUUUGCAUUGGGACGGAGUGGACCUUUAGUUCUGGCCCCGCUCCUCUGCAUCCUGGGGUUUUCCAUCUACAGGAACGCAGCACUGCUUUGUUCUGACCACUGGGGCAUGGCUGCACUGGCAAUUAUGCUUCUGGUAAUCCUGUCCCAACACCUGCACUCCUUUCUGCGCUUAUCUGUGUUUCCGCUCUGCCGGAAGCUUUGUGUACUUCUGUCUGUGAUGUUGACGUGGGGUGUUUGUGCCGCUCUGAUAAAGUGGGGACAUGUUCACCUUACCUCUAUUGCCCAGAUACUUUCAACGGAGAGAGUUUUAAAUGACACCUUUAUACAGUCCAUGAACACUAUGAACUCAUCUAACAUUCUUUUUUCUAAUCACAUUGUACCCUGGCUUUACUUCCCCCUUCCUGCUUCAGCGCUCCCCCUAAUGUCUGGAAAAAGCAUUGCAGCAGGAGUGGCUGGAGGCCUGUCUGCCAGUGUCAGCUCUACAGCUGUGUAUGUGGUAGCAGCUCGACUCCUGAAGGCUCCUGUGCCCCCAGCACAUGCCUGUAACCGGGGCCUGUGUGUGGAUGGGUUAGGAAGUUUGCUAACUGGCCUGAUGGGGGCGCCAGUAGGUCUUUGCAGCAGUGUGCCUAAUGCAUGCGUUAUUGGCCUCAACCAGUCUGGGUCUCGGAGCACAGUGCAGUUAGCCGGUGUGUUUUUGUUAAUUUUGGGUGUGUCUCCACAACUAGCUCGGAUCCUCUGCUCAGUCCCUCUGGCCGUCCAUGGUGCUGUGCUCAGCGUGACCUACACAAUCGCCAUAGCAACAGGCAUAACUUAUUUCCAACAUGCCGAUGUGGACUCAGGACGCAACAUUUUCAACAUCGGCUUUACAAUGUUCAUGUCAUUGGCAUUGCCGCGCUGGUUUACAAUUCACUCGGAGUUUAUUCAAACGGGUUCACCCAGUGUCGAUGUUCUUCUCCAGUCUCUUUUGACGUUACCCGUUUUCUUUGUUGGGGUUUUGGCUUUUUUUCUAGAGCUUACCGUUUCAGGAUCUCUGUCUGAGAGGGGCCUUCUCCGACGUCAAGGCACCAACAAGAUUCAGUCACUGGCUGACCAGCAGCAAGGAUACAGCUAUAGCCCAGAUUCAGUGUAUGACCCACCUCCCCUAUUCCUAAAACUUCUGGAGCUGCGUGGACUAAGAACUGUGCCCUUCUGUGCCUGCAGAACCCCAAAUAUUGAAGUAGUCACUGUAACUGUACCUGAGAUGUCUAAUUUAUUAGGUGAAAAAGAUCCCGUUGUUAGUAGCACUUGAAUGUUUGCAC